AUGGAUAUCCUGCACAUAAUCAACGCAUCGGGGAUCGAAAACCCCCAAGCUGCUCUUUAUAUCGACUACUCUGAUGGCCUAUGCUUGACCUACUACGGGAACUACUUCUCAACCCAAGACCCAAACGAGCAGGCCUAUCAUUUAUACACCAUAGUAAAGGGUAACUCUGCAAUCAUUGACAAGGACGGUUUUGGGCUUAUAAAAUACCACGAGUUUGAUGUCUACUUGUUUUAUGAUCCUAAACUUAAUAAACUUCUAGCAGUUUACAAGUAA